GUCUUUCCAAACAACUUCGGUUCAGUAGUCGCUGGUGUGUCGUCGGCGUACGACGGCAAAAUUCGCUUCUCCGUUUCAAUAGCGAUAGAUUGGAGUUCGGCAAGAAUUUUUCAAACAACACAUCGAUUCCCAUCAUCAGCAUUUGGGUGUUGGGUUAGCAGUUUUUGUUUUCUAACUCGUUCGAAAGUUUUCCCCCCAAGAAAAUAAGUUACGGCCUUGGGCGUUUAAAGUGAAAUCAAAAUUAACCGAGAAGUGAAGUGCUUUAUUAAGGAAAUAAACCCCAAAAACACAGUCAGUGAAUCAGCAGCAAUCAAACCAACAAAGAAGGUUAUAUUUUCCGUUGGUGACUCUGUUCCGGGAUCGGUGAAAAUCAUCUUGCGAAAAAAAAGGAAUCAGUUUGAAUAUUAUAUUUUUACGAGAACCGGUUUGUCUUGUGCGAGAAGCCGGAAUCAAAAAAACACCGCAAGCAAAACACAGCGACAAGACCGGAAAGCGACGUACGAUCCACCAACACAAGGAAGUCGCACGAUCGCGAAUUGAUGAGAUUUUAGGGAUCCAACUGUGUUCUGUGGUCCAAUAAUGAUCAUAGAAUUCGCGAACAAAGAAAAGUGUCAGUGUCGACAACAGUAGAGUGGCGGAACAAGCUCAACACGGAGCGAAGAGACAGUGAGACAAACGAGUACGAAAUCAAAUGAAAAGAGGAACGGUGAAGAAUUCGCCAUCAUAUUUUACAAGUUGUGUGUUUAUCAAGCGCGGAAGUUCAGGUGCUUGAGUUGAAUAGCUAACGAGAAGGAAGAAGUCGAGUCGACGGUAAUUACGCGAAGGUGUUUAGUCGAAAACCAGCUUCGCGCAAAUUCACGCGUGUGGCAUGUGUUUCUAAGGUAAUAGAGUGGCAACUAGAGGCUGGCUGGCUGGCCCCGAGAAAGGAAGGAAGAGCGCGCGUCAAUUCCAGCAGUCGAUAACAUAACUCUUUUCACGCUGUUUAACUCGACUUUGAACCGGCAGAGAUACCGAGAGUGCGAAGCCGGAAAAAACUUGUGUAAAUAUUUACAUUUGCGUGUACAAGAAUAGAAGAGAGCAGUAAGUGAUUUAUCGCGGAACACAACGGAAAAAUCUACCCCGAAAGUGUCCGUUUUGACCGCAGAAGAAAAAACCCCAAAAUCGUUAUCCGUUACAGUAGGCGUGUGUAUAAACCAGAGACUGAAAAAGCUUGUGAUUUACGCUGGAAAGCGUAAAAAUGACAUGUAAACAGAAGAAACUAAUCGCCAUUUGAUAGUGUUGAUUGUGCACGUCACAAGAACAAUAGUUCGGCCAUUCUUAGUAAGCGGCUGAAAUCAGCAGCUAACCGCAGGAUUAACGCACAUUGCAAGUGUUGCUGUGAACUAGUAAGAGUCACCAAAACGAACCGAACCGACCGAGGAGCUACUAGUUUCACACGUUCGUCGUCAACAAACCGUCGACAAAAGCCAGCAAGCUGUCGGCCAAGAUGAAGAUGUUACCGAUACCGCUGUCACCGUUGAAUCCGCCGGCCCCGCUCGGUAUCUGGGGUUCGGAUCUGCUGUGGCGAUACCCGCCGGCACCGCCCAGUCCGCUGGCGGACCUAAAGACGCAACUGCCGCCACAGCUGAACACCGAUCCGCGCAUCUGGGGCCGCGAUGAGGUGGCCGUCUUUCUGCGCUUCUGCGAGCGUGAGUUCGACCUGCCCAAGUUCGAUCUGGAUCUGUUUCAGAUGAACGGCAAAGCACUGUGUGUGCUCACGAAGAACGAUCUGGCCGAGCGCAGCCCAGGAGCCGGGGAUGUCCUGCACAACGUUCUGCAGAUGCUUGUUCGCGACGCACAAACUCUGCAUCGGCAUCUGCCGAGCAGUCCGGUAACCCCUACCAGCCGGUAUCCCCUGUCACCUCACAGUCAUCCGCCGACACCGAACUGGAGCGCUCUAGCGCCCCCGGAUAGUCCGUUCUUCCACACAUCCCACCUGCAGCAGUUCAUGGCUGCGUCCAAUUCGGUCACACUGAGUCCAGCGCCAUCCAUCGACUCGCAGGCUGGAAGUCCACCGCAAAGCCACCAAGAACAGCUGCAAAACGUAUUCCAAAAAUCUUCCAGCAGUAGCAGUAGUCACACGCAGAACAGCAGCUCCGGCGGAAGCAGCAAUCAGUCCGAUUCCGAUGAAGAUAAUUCCACAGCCGGAUACCAUCCAUUGACAUUGUCCCACCCGGACAGCAAACUGCCACUUCACCCUCAGCAGAACCAGAGCCCCCCAUUGACGCCCAUCUCCAAGGAAACCCAACACCUAGGCCAACUGCAACUGUUGGACACCAAGACCCUUCAAUAUCCAGUGUCUUCGCUGCUGAACAACAGCAGCGGCAACAACAACAGCAACGGCACUUCGAGCAACGGCACCAACGGUGUCUCCAGCAGCAGCAGUAACGGCAUCAACCGAACCAACUCUCCAGCUUCGCUCAGCAACGGACACUCUGCCAGCACCUCCAACGUGCACUCGCUAAGCCUUAAACCACCCACGUUGUCACCGCCUUCCAGUGCAUCCCCGAAUGGUUCCUCAUCGGCACCGACCACGCCGGGAGCGUUUCUACCGGUUAAGCGAGAGUUUUUCCCCGACGGUCCUGAGCCCAAUACCAAUGGCAGACUACUGUGGGACUUCCUGCAGCAGUUGCUGAACGAUCCGUCGCAGCGCUACAGUCGCUACAUUGCGUGGAAAUGCCGCGACACCGGUGUCUUCAAAAUCGUCGAUCCAGCCGGGCUGGCCAAACUGUGGGGCCAACAGAAGAACCAUCUUUCCAUGAACUACGAUAAGAUGUCCCGAGCCCUGCGGUACUACUACAAGGUCAACAUUCUGCGCAAAGUGCAGGGCGAACGGCACUGUUACCAGUUCCUUCGCAAUCCAACGGAACUGAAAAGCAUAAAGAACAUCUCGCUGCUUCGUCAGACGAUGGCCAGCCAGAAUGCGAACAACGGUCAAUCGAGCGCGUCGGUUGCGGGUGCUGGCAACCACUCGCUGAUGUCACUGCUUCCGAACGGGGCUAACAUCCACCACCUGGCUGCGGCGGCCGUUGCAGCGGCAGCCUCGCACCAGCAGGCCAACGGAGGAGGUCCUCCGAUUUCGCCGACCGCUCUGCACCAUCCGCAUCACCCGUCGCAGACGUCCGUACAAAGUUCAACUGCCGCCGCCAACGGUCACGCCACCAUCAAAAUGGAAACCGACCUCGACGAACUGAAGCCUACCGAUCUAAGUACAAACGACCGCAAAUACUACGGCAGCGGUUCGAACGGAGUCGACUGUUAUCCAUUGAUUCGAAACGCUAACGGCCUGACCACCAUCCAACUGUUACGCCAGCAGCAGCAGCAGCAGCAACAGCAUCCGACCCAAUCAUCCCACGAGAACGGUUCACCCCCUCCGUCCCCGAAUCCCCUAUCCUUGAACUCCCAAUCCCUGCACACAAUCAGCAACAACCUGCACCAUCUGCACCAACAGCAACUGCAAGCCCAAGCUGCCGCUGCUGCUGCCGUUGCAGCCGCCGAAGCCCGCCACCAGCAGCAACAGCAACAGCAACAAGAUGAGGACCGUCGACUGGAUGCCCUGGAGCACGAGCGUGAUCACGAACGGGAUCGGAGCCCAUCGCCGGCCGACCAUCACCAGCACCACCAGCACCAGCAGCAGACACCGCAGCACCAUCUACAGGUCGACAAAACCAGCGACGACGAAAGCAUGAUGCCUACGGAUCUCAGCAAAUCCGAACCCAUGUACUACAAAUAAACCCCCUCCCUGGCCUUCCUUCCUUUUCCUUCACACCCGACCUUGCACUAUCCUUUCCACAAAAAAAAACACCACCACAACCUGUCGUGGCCAGUCCGAAAGCAAGUUGACAAUCAUGGCAGCGCUUCUCCCGUUCGUCCGUCGCAAUCAGCACACGGAGUGCGAACAGCGCCUACUAGAUCGAAGAAGACCGGUAACGGGUGCGAUUGUGUAUAAUAGUGUGAUCUCAAAGAAGAAACAAAACAUAAAACACUGGUGCCAUCCUUUCCUAACCUGGUCCUAACGCUGUGCCCAGCCCAUACGAGGGGCGGCCUACUACGACGAUGAUCGAGGAGCGCGUGCAAUUGAUAAAACAAAACAAAAAAUAAACAAACAAGUGUGAUACCUUUGUUGAGUAACAAAAGUGGAAACGCGUCGCGUUUCGAGGGAAAACAAAACAAAAAAAACAAGAGAUAAAUGUGCCAAUCGUUCUCUCACCUUAUAUCUGAUAUGUGUAGCUGUCUGGCGGAGAUCGAACUUGAAGUUCACCACUUCAAUUGUACAGAAAAAUGCGAGAAUGCGAUACUCUAUUAUACACUAGUUAAAUUACAACCUGCCAGUUAAUAAUGGGUUCAAAAAAAAAACAAGAAACACGUUGAGAUGUAUAAAACUGACAGAAUAAAGAAAAAAAAAGGUGAAACUUUUUAUCAGGCUUUUAACUCUAUUUAGUGUGGCAACAGGAGAUCCAACAAACACAAAAUUGUAGCUAAUGAUGUUUUCGAAGAAACGUAAAACGGAGAUAGAUUCGAUUGUUAACGCAGGAAUGAUGCAGUAAUCAAUAAGAGAAGAAAUUGUACAGUUUUAAUUGUUAGGUGUAGAAUCUAUCCUACGACUCUACAACAAUAUUAGCACCGUAAGUGGUUGAUCCAGCCGAGAAAAGUACUCAUUUAUAGCUUUCCUUUUUUUUAAUCAACAACUUAUCGGUUUGUUUAUAUCUUGUGCUAGGGGAAAAAAAACACUAGGCUAAGUCUAAGAACUUUCCUUCACCAUUGGCUUCCAUUUGACGCGAGAGAGAUAAGAAAUUUACAAAACUUCAAACAAAUGUGAUGAAAAAAAAGCAGAGAAAAAUUUAUAUUGGGAAUUUAUUAAGCAACAGUGUUGUGUGAAUUGAUGGUAAUUAGUGGAGUUUUUUUUAAUUUUAUUUUUUUGUUGUUUUGAAAAGGGUCAACUUUGUUUUGCUACCACUGCUAGUAGAAUGUCUUCUACAUAUUUUGUUGGCUUUAAACGGAAAUCGAAAUCUUCCUUAUAUUUUAGACGAUUAGAUAUAUGUACAUAUAUUAUACGCGGUCAGAUUUUUUUUUAUAGUAAACCCAUACGUCGUAAGUUAGCAUAAGCUUUCGUCUCAAAAGUAGAAUAAUUUUCACUGCAAGUUAUUCGACACCACCACACACGGAAAAGCAAAAAACACACGUACAUGCAUACAUACAUACGUAAAAAAACACCCCCCCGGUAGAGGCAGCACGGUGUGAUAUUCCGGAACCAGUCUCCUAACCGCGCAUCCUAGAUGGACGGUGCGGAAUCUGGUUUCGAUUCGGAUAUUAUCUUGCUAGCCGUCGUAUAGCGUACAGGAUAAAGCACUUCCACACCGCCGUCAUUCUAAUUUUACAUAAGUGUGUGUGUUGUGUAAUAAACGAAGAAAAAAAAACACCGACAUUUUUCUGCAAUAGUUUUUUUUUUGUUUGUGUACUGUAAAGCAUUAUUUUUUAUCACAAUCAUUAUGCGCAUAUGACUUUCAUAGUUUAUCAGUAGAAAUAUGUUAUAAGGUAUAAAUAAUGCA